GCUCCACCGCCUCUGGCGGCGGCUCCCUGUUCCCGACGGGGGGCGGCGCCGCCGCCUCGGCCAGGUUCCCGCCCAUCGACGCGGGCGGCGGCGGGGGCGGGAUGCCGGCCCACGGCGUCGGCAAGACCACCCAGCGGCACCGUGCCAACAAGGCCACCGCGGAGGGCCCCGGCGUCUCCCACAGGGCGGAGCCGCUGCAGGCGAUGCAGGCGGCGGGCCAGCCCAGCGCCGGAG